CCGACCAUGCGGUAGCAUUAGCUUUGGCUUUGUCAGAAGUCUGCUCACAGGUCUAGUGUUUUGGGUGAAUACGUGAGUAUUUGCAAUAAAAAUGUCUUCAGUUCAGCCUCAGAUAGAGUUUAUCAACGAGCAGGAAACUCCUGCUGGAGAAACAUUCACAGAGUUUAGAGAAAUCAACGUUAAGUCCGAGGAAAAGAUGGAGGAUCAGCGCAGACUGCUGGAUUUUACCCGGAUACCAAAGAUAAUCUUGCACCGGAUAGAUCGCCCACAAUGCUGUGUGUGUAAAGAGGAGAAGGUUCUCAAUGAAACAGAACCACAGAGGAACCAACUCAUCUAUCAUGACUCUCCAGAAGCUGAGAACCAGGAUAAGGAAGGAAGCAAUUCUGAAGACCCAGGAAAAAAGAGAAAGGAAGAACAGAAACAAAAGAAGAACUAUGAGAAAACCAAACAGCAGAAAGGAAGAACUGACAGUGAAAAACAAAAGGCUGGUUUCAUUUCUCACGUGAGAACUUACUCCGGUGAGAAGCCUUUCUCUUGUGUAACCUGUGGAAAAAAUUUCUCUCGAAAACAUAUUUUAAAUGUUCACAUGAGAAUUCACUCAGGUGAGAAGCCUUUCUCUUGUGUGACCUGUGGAAAAAGUUUUUCUCGAAACGAUACUUUAAAUGUUCACAUGAGAAUUCACACAGGUGAGAAGCCUUUUUUAUGUGGGAUGUGUGGAAAUCGUUUCACCAUAAAACAAAGUUUAAAUGAUCAUAUGAAAAUUCACAGAGACCAGAAGCCUUUCUCAUGUGGGGCCUGUGGAAAAAGUUUCCGGUUGAAAAUGCAUUUACUUGAUCAUAUGAGGAUUCAUACGGGUGAGAAGCCAUUCUCUUGUGGGAGCUGUGGAAAAAGUUUCAUUAAAAAAGGUUAUUUAAAUGUUCAUAUGAGAAUUCACACAGGUGAGAAGCUUUUUUCAUGUGGGCCCUGUGGAAAAAGUUUUCCUCGAAACGAUAUUUUAAAUGUUCACAUGAGAAUUCACACAGGUGAGAAGCCUUUUUUAUGUGGGACAUGUGGAAAAAGUUUCACCCUAAAACAAACUUUAGAUCAUCAUAUGCAAAUUCACAUAGACCGGAAGCCUUUCUCAUGUGGAACUUGUGGAAAAAUGUUCCGGUUGGAAAAGCAUUUACUUAGUCAUAUGAAGAUUCAUACGGGCGAGAAGCCUUUCUCAUGUGGGACCUGUGGAAAAAGUUUUGGGAGGAAAACGCAUUUACUUAAUCACUUGAAGAUUCAUACAGGUGAGAAGCCUUUCUCAUGUGUGACAUGUGGGAAAAGUUACAAACAUAGAAGUAGUUUAACUCAUCAUAUGAAGAGUCACCCAGACGAGAAGCCUUAGGCUCAAAACUGUCAGGAUGCUUUUUACAUAAGAUCCAAUGGGAAAUCUGGUUGGAUGAUGUUCACAUCAAAUAGAACAUGUUAAAGUCAACAGGGCCUUGUCAGGCUGCUAGUGAUUCCCUGUAACAACGUCUUCAACUGUCUGGAAAUGAUACUGAGAGCUAUUUUUGCCCAGGAGCUUUCUUAUCUUAAACCAGUUUUUUGUUUUACUUCUCAGUCACAUUGCACUUAACCCUGUCACAAUAAAUCAAUUAAUCCCUCAAUAAAUGUAAAUGAGCUCAAUAAUAAAACGAGGGAAAUAAAA